CAAGCUUCCAACGCCUUCGGCCCACCCACUUAUAGCGCACCCCGAGCCCAUGGAGCGGUACCAGAAGCUGGAGAAGAUCGGCGAAGGCACGUACGGCGUGGUGUACAAGGCCAAGGACCGCGUGACGGGCGAGGUGAUCGCGCUCAAGAAGAUCCGCCUGGAGGCCGAGGACGAGGGCAUCCCCAGCACGGCCAUCCGUGAGAUCUCGCUGCUCAAGGAGCUGCAGCACUGCAACAUCGUGCGCCUGUACAACAUCGUGCACACGGAGCGCAAGCUCACGCUGGUGUUCGAGUACCUGGACCAGGACCUCAAGAAGUACCUGGACGUCUGCGAGAAGGGCCUGGAGAAGCCCAUCCUCAAGUCCUUCCUGUACCAGCUCCUGCGCGGCAUCGCCUACUGCCACCAGCACCGCGUGCUGCAUCGGGAUCUGAAGCCGCAGAAUCUGCUGAUCAACCGCGAGGGAGAGCUCAAGCUUGGCGACUUUGGCCUGGCCCGUGCUUUCGGCAUCCCCGUGAGAAGCUACACGCAUGAGGUCGUGACGCUGUGGUACCGCGCGCCUGACGUCCUCAUGGGAUCUCGGAAAUACUCGACGCCCGUUGACAUUUGGAGUGUGGGCUGCAUCUUUGCGGAGAUGGCCAACGGCGGGCCACUAUUCGCAGGCACGUCGGAGGCUGACCAGCUCGACCGCAUCUUCCGCCUGCUGGGUACUCCGACGAUGGAGAUCUACCCGGCCAUCAUCGAUCUCCCGGAAUACAGGCGGGAUUUCCCUGUUUAUCCGACGCCGGACAACUUGGCACAUCUCGUGCCGACGUUGGACGCCGAUGGCGUGGACUUGCUAGAGCAGAUGCUGCAGUAUGACCCGGCAAAGCGUAUCACCGCGGCUGAUGCUAUGGCCCACCCGUAUUUUAGCGACUUGUCCCCGGCGCUUACCGAGAACCAGUGA